AUGCAUGAACAAGGGCUUUUCCUCUUUGGGGGUUACAACGGGGUCGAGCGGCUGAGCGACCUCUUCAGCCGCUGCAGCAGCGGCGCAGCAGCAGCAGCAGCAGCAGCAGCAGCAACCGUAGCAGCAGCAACAGCGGUUGUGGCUGCGGUGCUUUAUCAUACACCGCCUACAGCAGCAGCAGCAGCACUACCACUACCACCAGCAGCAGCAGCAGCAGCAGCAGCAGCAGCAGAUGCUGCAGCAGCAGCAAACAUAACGGGGGACCUGCUGCUCGAUACUUUCAUGCUGCAUGCGCCAAAGACGGAAAGCUGUUUGCUUUUGGGGGGUAUUCAGGGAGAGAGAGAAACAUACGAAUGGAGGUUUAUAGAUGGGGGCCGUUUGCUUCCUUCUGGCCGCAGCUCGAUGGUUGGGGUUAUAUUUAAAAAUAAUUUUGUGGUUUUUGGUGGUUACGAUGGGCACCCUCUAUCUCCCCCGCCCUCAACCCUACUCACAAACCUCCUUUCUCUACAAGCCCCAACCCCUCUCUCUGAUGCAGUGUUUAUAGUUGAGGGGAGAAUCAUGCAUUCUUCUAGGGCUUUGCUUGCAUGCAGAUCAGAACAUUUCCGCGCUCUUUUCUUUGGGGGUUUAAAAGAAGCAAACGAUAGAGAGAAUAAACCCAUACCCAUCGAAGGCAUUCGGCAUGAAGUGAGGGUUUAG